CCGGUGGGGGCGGCACUCCCGGGGCGCGGAGCGGCCAUGGGCAGGCCGUAGCGGGGCCGGGGGCGGCCUCGGGAUGCGCUACAACGAGCGGGAGCUGCUCAGCCUCGCCCGGCAGCCCGCGGAGAAGGCGGCGGAGGUCCUGAUGCGGGUCCCGAAGAAAGGCAGCGUGCUCAAGAAGCGCCUGGUCAAGCUCGUGGUCAACUUCCUCUUCUACUUCCGGACUGAUGAGGCUGAGCCCAUUGGAGCUCUGCUGCUGGAGCACUGCAGGAUCACCAAAGAGGAGGACAAUGUCUUCUCCAUCAGUUUCGUGGAGGAGCCAGAGAGGAAAUACUGCUUUGAGUGUGCCAGUGAGGAGCAGUGCCAGGAGUGGGUGGAGGCCCUCAAGAGAGCCAGCUACGAGUUCAUGAGGAGGAGUUUGAUCUUCUACCGCAACGAGAUCCAGAAGAUGACAGGGAAGGACCCCCUGGAGCAGUUUGGGAUCUCGGGAGAAGCUCGAUUCCAGCUGGCAGCACCCAAGCACUAACCCCUUGGCUGGGCUGGGCUGGCCCUGGGGGCUCCCUUCCAGAUGGUCACCCAGAAGCCCCCUGCCCAGGCCCAGCAGCAGCUCCCAAGUGACCUUUGGGGGUUAGGAGGGUUUCAUUUAUGAGCCAAAUCGUUUUGUAAAGGGAAGCUGUGGCCCAGCCCCUGCCCUCCUGCCCCAGCUGGGCAUGGAGCCAGCCCUGCCUGCUGCCCAUGGCCUUGGCUCGCUGCAGAGCUGCUCACCAGCACCCCAGGUGCAGAGGGAGGAGGAUUUGGGGCUCUUUUGGCCCCUCUUGCAAGCUGCAGUGCUCUGUGCCUCUGUGCCUCAGGCUGCUGGGUGCCAGCUGGCACUGAUGCUUCAUCUUCCACCUCAAAGCCAAGAGGUGUUUUGUUUCCUCCCCCUCCCCUCAGCUGCUCCUUUUGCCCCCCACCCUGGUUCCAGGUGCUUGCUCUAGAGGUUAGCAAAGGCAGCAGAGGGGCACAGCUGCCCUGCAGGGAUGAGCUGAGGACAGGGGCUGGAAGCAGAGGACAGGCUUGGGUCAGGAGACAGAUGGCAGCUGCAGU